AUGGACUCAGUCAUUCAGAUGCGCGAUGACUGUAUCUCCAUGGAGGGUCAGAUGACGGACGUCAUGAUAAAAAACGUCAAAUGUGGGCCCUGCCACGACAUCAACAUCGGCAGUAUGGGCAGGAACAUCGAGGAGAAAGAUGUUAGUAGAAUCGCUAUACAAAACUGCACCAUCGAUAACACCGACAAUGGUGUUAGGAUCAAGACAUGGCCCUCGUCACCAGCCUCCUUAACAAUCUCCGAUUUGAAUUUCCUCGAUCUAACCAUGAUCAAUGCCAGCAAUCCAGUCAUCAUCGAUCAACAAUACUGCCCCUAUAACCUCUGCUCUCUCGACGUACCUAGCCUAGCUAUCUAA